AUUAGCAUAUGACGCGGGAAGGCGGAAGCGGUGGCGGGAUGGGGCGGUGUGGGGUCGCCCUACGCCUGGCCCUGGAGGGGAAUAUCGCUGUGGGGAAAUCAACCUUCCUGAAGCUUCUAGGUGCCACCUUCCCAGAGUGGCACCUGGUGACGGAGCCCGUGGCACAGUGGCGCAAGGUGCCAGCUGGCAGCACUGCCCAGGUAACAGCGAUUCUGGCUGCACCCUGGCUCCAUCGGCACCACACCGGGACACCCUCAUCCCCUGCUCUCCCUCCACAGGCAUCUGUGGGUUCUGCUAACCUGCUCCAGAUGAUGUACCAGGAGCCAGCCCGGUGGUCCUACACCUUCCAGACCUUUUCCUGCAUCAGCCGGCUGAAGGCAAUGCUGGAACCACCAGACAAGGGGCUUCCUGAGACUCCCGCUGCCGUGAGGGUCUUUGAGCGUUCUGUGUUCAGUGACAGGUAUGUCUUUGCCAAGAACCUCUUUGAGGCUGGGCACCUGACGCCUCUGGAAUGGGCCAUUUACCAGGAUUGGCACGACUUCCUGCUGCGGCACCUGGGGCCCCACGCCACCCUCCAUGGCUUCCUCUACCUGCGGGCCAGGCCCCAGACGUGUCUGGAGCGGCUGCGGCGGAGGGCGAGGAGCGAAGAGGGUGGGAUCCAGCUGGGAUAUCUGCAGCAGCUUCAUGCCCAGCAUGAGCACUGGCUGGUGGACAAGAUCACCGAGAUCCACUUUGCUGAUGCACAGCAUGCUCCUGUCCUGGUGCUGGAUGUGGACAAGGACUUCGAGCAYGACGUGGCAAUGCAGGGCGUCCUCAUGGCACAGGUGGAGGCCUUUGUGACAUCUCUGAGCACUGACACUUUGCUGUCACAUCCCARCCCUCUUGGAGCAGGGGCAGGGGCAUCAUCUGCCUGAAGAUUCUGAUCCCAAGGACAAGGGACAAGUCCUGAUCCCCAGCCUGUUUGUCCUGGGUGAGGGGUGGAUUUGUGUUGCUGCUGGAACGGUUUAGAGGUGGAUCCUCGGAGGUGCAAUCGUGUGAUGAGUUUUGGGGGGGAGGGGGACUCCCCUUGCUCUGGUGACCAGGUCAUAACUGACGGCCUCCCCAUCAUUAGGGACCCACAGCUGGGGAUGCUCCCUAGGAUUUAAURUGCUAGUUGAAUCCAAUGGAAAAGCUCUGUGUUUAAGUUACACUUAACUCCCACAUUUUUUUUAUUUUGUAUCUAAUUUUUUUCCCUUAAAUUAAAAAGAUAUAAUUGUC